CAUCCGGGGACUUGGAGAGGCGACCUGUUUUAGGUGUCGCCCGCUGAUGACGUCGUGUUAGCCGUUAGCCGCUAGCCGUUUCUACUCGUGCUUCUUAAACCACUGAUUGUAUACUGACAUCACACCAUAAACCAGGAGAUGUCGUCCGUGUGCGGCACCAGCAAUGGCUGCCCAGAUGCGGGUCAAGAGGCCUUGGCGAAACAGGAGAAGGAGCAUCCCUGCGUACUCAUUCCUGAGUUAUGUCGACUCUUCUACCAGCUGGGAUGGGUGACGGGGACGGGUGGAGGCAUCAGCCUGAAACAAGGUGAUCACAUCUACAUUGCACCAUCAGGCGUCCAGAAAGAGAGAAUACAGCCAGAAGAUAUGUUUGUGUGUGACAUGGAGGAGAAGGACAUCAGCUGUCCGCCUGCCUGGAAGAAACUAAAGAAAAGCCAGUGUACACCACUUUUUAUGAACGCGUAUACUAUGAGAGGGGCCCAGGCAGUCAUACACACCCACUCCAAGGCUGCUGUCAUGGCAACGCUGCUGUAUCCUGGCAAAGAGUUCAGGAUAACGCACCAGGAGAUGAUCAAGGGGAUUCGUAAGGGCACCUCAGGCACAAACUAUCGAUAUGAUGACACCCUGGUGGUGCCUAUUAUUGAAAAUACACCCGAGGAGAAGGACUUGAAAGACCGGAUGGCUCGGGCAAUGGAACAAUACCCAGAUUCGUGCGCGGUUCUCGUCCGCCGCCAUGGCGUCUAUGUCUGGGGCGAAUCAUGGGAAAAAGCUAAGACUAUGUGCGAAUGCUACGACUACCUGUUUGACAUCGCAGUCCAGAUGAAGCAGUGUGGACUCGACCCUUCAUCCCUUCCACUGGAAGAAAAGGGAAUAGUUUGACAUUCGUUGGCUCUUUUUAAAGAUACAUUUGUUGCAGAAAGGUUGGUGGAGUCCAAUCAGGGGAGCAGAUUGUAAUCAUUUGCCUUUCACGCUGGCCCGCUUCCAAUUUUAUGAAAUUCUGUGUUAAGGGAAGGAGCAGGGUUGAAGGAGAUUGAAUGCCUGUGAUGUGGAAGUACCUGGAGGUAAAAUGUAAAGCACUGUGGGACAACCCAAGAGUGAGCAGCUGUCAAAUCAGUGUCCUCAGGUUCAAAUGCUUUUCUAUUCAAGUCUCACUGCACUGGAAGCAAGGUCUUGUUGUAUGUGAGGCAUGAACAUACCUUGCAUCUAAAUUGAUCUGCAGGAAGACCUUGGCUUCCUUUGCUUCAAUCAAAAAUGAGUGAUGGGAUUUUCUUAGCAAGUUGUGGAAAUUGUUUCCCCUUACAUGAACCUCCCAGCUGUAGUUAAAAUAAACACAUUUUCUAAAAUAA